UGAUUCACAAAUUGACAUUCGAGCAAUGUAGCCAGUGUGCAACUAUAAACAAUAGUUUCAUUAUCACAGGAAACGUUAUCUGUGGCUUAAACAGACCAAAUACACCCGACUAACUCCACCUAACCCAUGAAAUACUAAGUGCUUCUAAAGUGUUGCGUGAUUUAGCUAUAUUUACUUUUUUAAUCUGAGCAGCUGGUCUGGAGGGCAGGGUGUUUGGAAAGUGCUGCUCCGAUUGGGGUGCUCGACAGGGGGAAGAGAGAUGGCGUGCUUGUUGGAGGCCCCUCUCCGCAUCAGCGUGCUAUCUGAGGUCACGGCCACCAGUCGCCAUUAUGUUGACAGGCUUUUUGACCCUGACCCGCAGAAAGUGCUGCAGGGAGUCAUUGACAUGAAGAAUGCUGUCAUCGGAAACAACAAACAGAAAGCCAACCUGAUUGUCCUGGGAGCUGUGCCCAGGUUACUAUAUCUGCUCCAGCAGGGCUCGUCCAGCUCAGAGCUGAGGGCAGAGUGUGCGGUGGUGCUGGGCAGUCUGGCCAUGGGCACUGAGAACAACAUCAAGUCCCUGGUGGACUGUCACAUCAUCCCUGCCCUACUGCAAGGUCUCCUAUGUCCAGACCUGAUCUUCAUCGAGGCUUGUCUACGCUGCCUCAGGACAGUCUUCAUCAGUCCAGUCACCCCAGUGCAGCUGCUCUACACUGACCCCACUGUGAUCCCCCACCUCAUGUCCCUGCUGAGUCGGUCACAGCGGACGCAGGAGUACAUCACCCAGAUCUUCUCCCACUGCUGCAAGACUCCGGAGCACCAGACGGUUCUGUUUAACCACGGGGCUAUCCAGAACAUUGCUCCUCUUCUCAUCUCUCCCUCCUAUAAGGUACGGAUGCAAGCAUUAAAAUGCUUCUCGGUCCUGGCCUACGAGAACACUCAGGUCUCCAUGACACUGGUGAAUGUGCUGGUGGAUGAGGAGCUGCUCUCUCAGGUAUUUGUCAGAAUGAUGCAAAGGGAUCAGCCCAUUGACAUGCAGCUCACAGCAGCCAAGUGUCUAACAUACAUGUGUCGAGCAGGAGCCAUUAGGACAGAUGACAGCUGCAUCGUGUUAAAGACCCUGCCGUGCCUGGUGAGGAUGUGCAGUAAGGAGAGGUUGUUGGAGGAGCGUGUGGAGGGGGCCGAGACCCUGGCCUACCUGAUGGAGCCUGAUGUGGAGCUGCAGAGGAUCGCCAGUGUAACCGACCACCUAGUGGCCAUGCUGGCUGACUACUUCAAAUACCCCAGCUCUGUCAGCGCCAUCACUGACAUCAAGAGGUUGGAUCACGACCUGAAGCAUGCUCACGAGCUGAGACAAGCUGCCUUUAAACUGUACGCCUCACUGGGCUCCAAUGACGAAGAUAUCCGCAAGAAGAUCACAGAGACAGAGAACAUGAUGGACAGGAUAGUGAGUGGCCUGUCAGAAUCCAGCGUCAAGGUGCGGCUAGCUGCCGUCAGGUGUCUUCACAGUCUGUCCCGGUCAGUCCAGCAGUUGAGGACUAGUUUUCAUGACCACGCCGUAUGGAAGCCCCUUAUGAAGUUGUUACAGAACGCUCCAGACGAGGUGUUGGUCAUGGCCUCUUCUACACUAUGCAACCUGCUACUGGAGUUUUCACCCAGCAAAGAGCCCAUCUUGGAGUCAGGGGUGAUCGAGUUACUAUGCAGUCUGACCCAGAGUGAUAGUCCAGCCCUGAGGGUCAAUGGCAUCUGGGCUCUAAUGAACAUGGCGUUCCAGGCGGACCAGAAGGUGAAGGGGGAGAUUGUGAGAGCGUUGGGAACAGAGCAGCUCUUCCGUCUGCUUUCUGACCCUGACUCUAACGUCCUGAUGAAGACCCUGGGCCUGCUACGGAACCUGCUCUCCACACGACCCCACAUAGACCAGGUCAUGAGUUCUCAUGGGAAGCAGAUCAUGCAGGCAGUCACUCUAAUCCUCGAGGGAGAACACAGCAUCGAGGUCAAGGAACAGACACUCUGUAUCCUAGCCAACAUUGCCGACGGCAACACAGCCAAGGAACUCAUCAUGACCAAUGACGACAUCCUCCAGAAAAUCAAAUAUUACAUGGCUCACUCUAAUGUGAAGCUGCAGCUGGCGGCCACCUUCUGUAUCUCCAACCUGAUCUGGAACGAGGAGGACGGUGAGGCCAACGCCAUGACAGGUUCCCAGGAGCGUCAGGACAAGCUGAGGGAGUUGGGCUUUGUAGACAUCCUGCACAAACUCACCCAGGCCUCAGACCCCAACCUCUGUGACAGGGCGAAGACGGCAAUGCAGCAGUAUCUGGCGUGACCCUACGAGAGCAGUCUCCGAUGUCGUUGCCCCUAACAACACAACUAACAAUCCAAUGGCCUGCCAGGAGGAGACCUGCCUGCCUGCUGCCAUUGUUUUGUUUUCUUCUCCUUCAGUUUAAUCUUAGUUUUGUUGCACAAAGACACCUUUGAGCUGCAGCGACGGGCGCCCCCCUUCCACCCCAUCACCCCCAACCCAAACCUGACCCCCAUCCCACCUGGAGACAAGGUUGGCGGGGGAACUGGGAAACACCUUCUGUAUCGCAACGGUUACUGGAGGGGGGGUUAUUCAAAGGUUUUUGCCUUUUUAUUUUUUUAUGCAAAGAUGGAUGUGAAUGAAGAAGGGUUAGGAGAGUGCAGUAAAGUAGCCAGCCAGUGCAGCACAUCGCCACCAUGUGGCCAGGAGGCUUUGGUGCUAUUGGACUCCUAAUGAGGAGACUGAACAUAAAGAUGUCUCAGAGAGUGGGACGGAGAGCUGGACUAAAGGCUCUGACGAAGAGGGCAGGGUUGUGGGAGCAUCGCUUCCUCCUGGUUUUAUUUAGCUAAUUAAUGAUUCAUUAUUGAUAUUAUUAUUAUUAUUAUUAUUAUUAUUAUUAUUAGAGGGGCUUUAUGUCACGAGAUUGCUCAAUUUGUACUUUUUUGUGUUUUCUUUUUUUGUGGAUACAUACCUCGUAAAUAUAUAUAAACAUAUAAAUAUAUUUUUUAGAUUAUAAUUUCCCCCCUCUGUUUCUUUUUCUCUGUGUCUGAUCCCGGGUUCCUUGUACAGUAGGGUGUGAACAUAAUAUCAAUGGGAGGAUGAUGUGGUCAAUAGAACAAAGUUAGAAGGUUGACUGGAAAUAUGGGCUGCUUUCACAGACCCAGAUUAAGUUUAGUCCUGGACUAAAAAGCACUUUCAAUGGAGAAUCUUCAUUGAGCAUAAUUUUAAAAUCUCGUACUAGAUUUAGGGCUCUAUUCAAUCUGUGUUGUGGAAGUUCAGUGUUAUAGCGUGAUUGAAAUUUCAAGGCAAUGUUCCCGCGUUAGUGGUAAACGCUGCAUCUGUCGGUUCAACCGGAAUGUACCUUUACAUUUCGAUCGGGGAAUUUGUAACGAUUCAGCGAUACAGAUUUAAUUGGGCCCUUAAUCUGUAUCUGGUAAACCGGCCCAUAGUGUCACUAUGUAUGACCCUGACUCUCUCUAGUCUUACCUUUCGGGAGGCACAAAGAUGGAUCCGCUAAAUGUCCUUCACCUGUAGCCAUUUGGUUCCUCCCAGAAUCUUCUAGAUCUUUCCUCUCCCUGACAUUUCCAUUCUUACAGAAGCUCUGACAGAAUGAAUGCUACCAUUUGAAAUAUAUGCAGACCUGAAAGAUGGACUUGGUCAUUGAGUACUGUCUUUUUUUUUGUCCAUGGGUCACCGGGUGGAGGAAAGUGGAGAACACUUGUCAAUGUGAGGCAUGUGAACAGGUGAACGAAACAAGUCACAAGUGUAACAUAUCUGAAUACAUGCAUCAAUUAAAGCUCCACUGGUUAUAAGAGCAUUACCAUGGUUGUGCCACCAUGUGAAAAUGACUUAGGAAGUGAUCCCACUGGCGCUGGACAUCACGUCAUCCCUGACAAUGAUUCGGAUCCAAAGCAUCACAGAAGCCUGGAUCUUAUAAAACAACACUUUGUUUUAUUCUUGUAUAAUGUAUUUCUGGUAAAGUUGGUGACAUUUAAUAAUAAAAUACAUCUGAAGCCUCCCAAAGCCUCGGGCAGCACAGUAAGCCUACCUUCCUCUCCCUUAGUUCUGAAGCAGGCACAUUCCUCAUGCAGAUAGCUGUGACAUGCAUUUAACACCCCCACCCCAAACCCCUCUCGUUGGGCCCCCCCAUCCUCCCACUACUCUCACACCUCCAUGCAGCCGCAUCCAAGUCCUCACCUUGUUACAGAAAAUAGAAACCAGCAUCUGAAUCUGUCUAUAUUACGCAUAGUGCACCACCUCCAAACAACUCUGGUACACAUUCCAAGUACACAGCGCAUCAGACGAUGCUAGUAAAAUUAGGCCUCUGACCAAUUUAGCAGUAUCUGAGCAUUGUAGGAUAAGUCUGUCUUAUCCAGAGGUUGACAAUUGUUCAUGGGUUGCAGAUGAUGCUGGGGACAUGGCAAUAGUGUGUGUUGGUGCAUGUGGGCUUUCAUAUGAAGCUGUUGAAGUGGAGAUGUCUGGUUGAACAACUAGUGAUGGAUGGAAAAGGGCCAGAACACGCCUCUGCAUUUUCAACAAGAUAUUGCCAGAAUAUAUAAUUUACUAACAACACAAAUAAAUACAUAACUUACUUUUCAAAAUAAAAGUGCAGUGUUCAUAAUUGAAUAGUCAAUGGUUUAUAAAUCACAGCAUUCCCAUCUGUGAAUGAUAUGUGAAAGAAUGGAUAUGUGCUAUAUAUGUGUACGACUAGCAGUGUGUGUUCGAAGGAGAAGGCACGAAUGGCUGGAUGGCUAAAAAUUGGUUUGAUGUGGGAACUCUUCACUGUACAAUCUGGUCGUCUGCUUCUUCACAACAGACCUAUAUUCCCCUCAUCCCCCACUAUGCAUAGCCUCCAAAACCUAAACCUAGACUGUCUUUGGCAGGCUGGUGCCCGCCCUUAGAUCUCCCUCUUAAAGGGUAAUUCUGCCACUUUUCAACCUCAUUCAUCAUCUCAGCACCAAACCAACCACUGGGCAAAAACUGGUUGUUUAAAAAUCUAUUUCAUGAUGUUGAUUCAAUGUGGAAAACUGUUUGGGUUUACAAAAAGUUAUCAACGUAAGGGACCUUUUGAAAUUUUUUAUUUUUACCUGAUAUCUCAACCAAAUGUAAAUAAAAAUGAUUUUUUUAAAUGA